AUGAUAGACUACGAGAGAAGCAAUAACACCAAGAACAUCAACCAUCAUUGGAACCCUCCUCCGUCUUCAUCUUCCUCCGAUCUUCUUCCCAGUGGUAAUGGAGCCACCGUGUCCCAAAAGAGGAAACGACGACCCGCCGGAACACCAGAUCCAGAGGCGGAGGUUGUAUCUUUAUCUCCAAGAACCCUGCUAGAAUCAGACAGGAGAAGACAUAAAGUUCCAUGGAAGCUUUUAAAGAGAGAAACCAACGAGGAAGUUAAGAAGAGAGUCUACGUCUGUCCAGAGCCAACGUGUCUCCACCACAACCCUUGUCAUGCCCUCGGAGAUCUCGUGGGAAUCAAGAAACACUUUCGAAGGAAACACAGUAACCACAAGCAAUGGAUCUGCGAGAGAUGCUCAAAAGGCUACGCGGUUCAGUCUGAUUACAAAGCUCAUCUUAAAACAUGUGGCACUCGCGGCCAUUCUUGCGAUUGUGGCCGCGUUUUCUCCAGAGUGGAGAGUUUCAUAGAGCACCAAGACAAUUGCACCAUGCGCCGAUCUCAACCAUCCAGCCACCGUUUACAACAACAGCAGCAACAUACCAUAAACGCUACACAAACCGCUUUAACCGCCAAAAACAUUGAUCUCUCCUUUGAUCCAGUUUUACCAAGACAUCCUUUGCCCAGACAAUUUCCACCAUAUGAUCAACAACCAUAUGAUUUGCUUCAUCCUUUCGUUGGCUCAAACGCUACUACUGGUAGUAUUAUCGAGCUUCAGCUACUUCCAUCUCGGGAUAGAGCUGAUGAUACCAACCUUAGUUUGUCGAUAGGGAUGGAGACAACAAUGUCAAGCUACGAGAAGGGAGAGAGGAGCUUAGGUUUGGGAGAAAGAGAGGAAGCAAAAAGGCAAAUAGAGAUUGCGGAGUUAGAGUUUGCUGAAGCCAAGAGAAUAAGGCAAAACGCCAAAGCUGAGCUUUAUAAAGCUCAGCUGUUUAAAGAAGAAGCGAGUAGGAGGAUUAGUGCAACAGUGAUGCAAAUCACUUGCCAUAAUUGCAAGAAACACUUUCAAGUUCUUGCUGCUUCUGCUCCUCCCUCACAGCCGCCUUGUACCGAUGAGAGUACGUCUCUUGCCGUGAGCUAUGUGUCUUCGGCGACUACCGAAGGUGAAAAAGCAAGUGAUAGAACAUCGUCAUAG